GGGUGCCGCCGCCGCCGCCCCACGCUGGCGCAGAGGCCCGGGCCCGGGCCCGCCUCGCCGCUGAGGAUGUCCCGGAAGGCGCCGCGGGCGGAGGUGUGCGCCGACUGCAGCGCACCAGACCCCGGCUGGGCGUCCAUCAACCGCGGGGUGCUCAUCUGCGACGAGUGCUGCAGUGUGCACCGCAGCCUGGGCCGGCACAUCUCCAUCGUCAAGCACCUCAGACACAGCCCUUGGCCUGCCACCCUGCUCCAGAUGGUGCACACCUUGGCGAGCAAUGGGGCCAACUCCAUCUGGGAGCACUCACUGCUGGAUCCAGCCCAGGUUCAGAGCGGGCGUCGGAAGGCAAACCCCCAGGACAAAGUGCACCCCACCAAGUCAGAGUUCAUCCGCGCCAAGUACCAGAUGCUGGCCUUUGUCCACAAGCUGCCGUGCCGGGAUGACGAUGGAGUCACUGCCAAGGACCUCAGCAAGCAAUUGCACUCGAGUGUGCGGACGGGCAACCUGGAGACGUGUCUGCGCCUGCUGUCGCUGGGCGCACAGGCCAACUUCUUCCACCCGGAGAAGGGCACCACACCACUGCACGUGGCGGCCAAGGCCGGCCAGAUCCUGCAGGCAGAGCUGCUGGUGGUCUAUGGCGCCGACCCCGGGGCCCCCGAUGUGAACGGCCGGACCCCCAUUGACUAUGCCAGGCAGGCAGCCCAGCACGAGCUGGCAGAGCGGUUAGUGGAGUGCCAGUACGAGCUGACCGACCGCCUGGCCUUCUACCUCUGCGGCAGGAAGCCGGACCACAAGAACGGGCACUACAUCAUCCCGCAGAUGGCUGACAGGGUGCGCCCAAAGUGCAUGGCACAGAGCCUGGACCUCUCUGAGCUGGCCAAGGCAGCCAAGAAGAAGCUGCAAGCGCUCAGUAACCGCCUGUUCGAGGAGCUGGCCAUGGAUGUGUAUGAUGAGGUGGAUCGGAGGGAGAACGAUGCGGUGUGGCUGACGACACAGAACCACAGCACGCUGGUGACGGAGCGCAGCGCUGUGCCCUUCCUGCCCGUCAACCCUGAGUACUCUGCCACCCGCAACCAGGGCCGUCAGAAGCUGGCCAGGUUCAAUGCCAGGGAAUUCGCCACUUUGCUCAUUGACAUCCUCGGGGAAGCCAAGCGCCGGCAGCAAGGGAAGAGUCUGCUGAGCCCCACAGGUGAGGGAUGGGGGGCAGCGAUGGGGGCAGCUGAGCAUCUCCCCUCUGUCCUGUGCUCAGCACCCCUUUGCCCUCCCCUAGACGCCCUCGACUACUCACUGCGCAGCCAGAGUGACCAGGACGACCAGCACGACUACGACAGCGUCGCCUCCGACGAGGACACGGACCAGGAGCUGCUGCGCAACGCGUCCCGCAACAACCGUGCCCGGAGCAUGGAUUCCUCCGACCUCUCGGACGGCCCCAUCACGCUGCAGGAGUACCUGGAGGUGAAGAAGGCUCUGGCUGCCUCUGAGGCCAAGGUGCAGCAGCUGAUGAAGGUGAACAACAGCCUGAGCGAUGAGCUGCGCCGGCUGCAGCGCGAGAUCCACAAGCUGCAGGCAGAGAACACCCAGAUCCGGCAGCAGACUGGUCCCACGCACCCAACCCCAGCUCCCAGCGAGCGGCCGGAGCAUGGGCACCCCCCGGGCACGGCCCCCCCGCUCCGCCGGGACCGCCAGGCCUUCUCCAUGUAUGAGCCGGGCUCAGCACUGAAGCCCUUUGGGCAGCCGGUGGAGGAGCUGGUGACCCGGCUGCAGCCCUUUGGGGCUGGGGAGGUGGAGGACGAGGCUCUGUACUCCAUGCACAUCCCGGCCAGCGUGUAUCGGAUCCGGAAAGGUCCGUCCGCCUCCUCGGUGCCCUUUCCCCCAUCCUCCCCACUGCUCUCCUGCCCGCCUGACGGUGCCCGGCACAUGAGCAAGCUGGACCGGCACGGGAGCGGCACCGACAGCGACUACGACAACACACAGGCUGGUGAGGUCCUGAUCAGCAUGGAGGGGAAGAGGUUUGUGGAGCUGAGCAAGGACGAGGACUUCCCGCAUGAGCUGGACCCGCUGGACGGGGAACUGGACCCAGGGCUGCCCAGCACGGAGGAUGUGAUCCUCAAAACCGAGCAGGUCACCAAGAACAUCCAGGAGCUGCUGCGGGCGGCGCAGGAGUCCAAGCACGACAGCUUCAUGCCCUGCUCGGAGAAGAUCCACUCGGCUGUGACGGAGAUGGCAUCGCUGUUCCCCAAGAAGCCGGCACUGGAGACGGUGCGGAGCUCACUGCGGCUGCUCAACGCCAGCGCCUACCGCCUGCAGAGCGAGUGCCGCAAGACCGUGCCCCCCGAGCCGGGCGCUGCCGUGGACUACCAGCUCCUGACGCAGCAGGUCAUCCAGUGUGCCUACGACAUCGCCAAGGCCGCCAAGCAGCUGGUCACCAUCACCACCCGCGAGAAGAAGCAGUGAGCACCGGCCCGCGCCCCCCCCUCCACUCUCUUCUUGUCUCUCCUUCCCCUCUGGCACGUGGGGUGAGCGGGGCUGCACGUGGCCUUUAGCCCAUGGGGAGCCAGGGUGUGGGGUGAGCUCCCCCCCUGUGCCCCCUCCCCACGCCACUGGGGUGCUGGGGGUGGGUGCCCACAUCCCCCUGUACAGCCCCUGGCCGCACCUAACUUAUCCUGUACAUAGCCUGUGUCGGUGGCGGCGGUGGCCAUGUACCCCCCAAACCCUCCCCCGAGAGCCCCUCGCCGGGUGGCCGGUACCCCCAGGGCCACCCGCAGCGUUAACACUGGACCGGGACACCCAUGGGAACCCCAUCCCUGGGUGUCCUGCCCCCCUUGUCCCCCACUGGGGCCACGCUCCCUACUGUAAGAUGUGUCCUUGUACAUUUGUAUCAAUAAAGGUGUGAGCAUUGCACGGGCA